CUUCCCACUCGAGUCCGCUACUCGUUCCACGCCUAAAAUACGCGCUUGUUCCUUUCAUCUUCGUCUCUUUGCUUCCGAUCUCGCCCGUCGAAUCCCAGCGGCGGAGAUUUUCCAGCCCGUUUUGAUUCCUUGGAAGUUGCUGCAGCGGCGAUUGCUUCGAGAAGGAGCCGUAACUGGUCGAUUUCCGUGAAGAUUUCCAUGUUUCGGCAGUGGUAAUUGAUUGGGUUUCGGGUCUCCUGCGAGAUGGGUUGCUUCCCUUGCUUCGAAUCGAGGGAUCGGGAGCCGCUCAGCAGGGCUAACGCGAGCGAUCGUAAGAGGGAGGAGCUGCCCAUGGUGGCGUCUCAGGUGAAGAAGUUGCCCAUCGGGGAUGAUAAGACGAGUAUCAGAAGCAAUUUGCAUACUGAGAAGGAAUCACUGGACGCAAAAAAGGAGCCGCUAUUUGCUAACCCGACACAGACUUUCACCCUCCGAGAGCUUGCCAAUGCGACUGGGAACUUUAGAUCCGAUUGUUUCCUUGGAGAAGGAGGAUUUGGACGGGUCUACCGAGGGCGUCUGGAGAGUACUGGUCAGGUAGUGGCUGUGAAACAGCUUGACAGGAAUGGGCUGCAAGGAAACAGGGAGUUUCUAGUGGAAGUACUCAUGCUUAGCUUAUUGCACCAUUCCAACCUUGUGAAUCUGAUUGGUUAUUGUGCUGAUGGAGAUCAACGCCUCCUCGUGUAUGAGUAUAUGCCUUUGGGAUCAUUGGAAGAUCAUUUGCAUGACCUUCCACCUGAGAAGGAGCCACUCGACUGGAUUACAAGGAUGAAAAUUGCAGCAGGUGCAGCUAAGGGAUUGGAGUACCUUCAUGACCAAGCUAGUCCACCAGUUAUCUAUAGGGACCUAAAAACCCCUAAUAUACUACUAGAUAAGGGCUUCCACCCCAAACUCUCUGACUUCGGACUUGCAAAGCUCGGUCCAGUUGGCGAUAAAUCUCAUGUAUCAACAAGAGUAAUGGGAACCUACGGAUAUUGUGCUCCUGAAUAUGCUUUGACUGGACAAUUGACAAUCAAAUCUGAUGUGUAUAGCUUUGGAGUUGUUCUCUUGGAGCUGAUCACUGGAAGGAAGGCCAUUGAUGGUACCAAGCCACAUGCUGAGCAAAAUCUUAUUUCAUGGGUUCGUCCUAUAUUCAAAGAUAGAAAAAGACUUCCAAGUCUGGCUGAUCCAAAGCUAAGGGGUCGGUUUCCCAUGCGUGGCCUUUAUCAAGCUCUUGCCGUGGCAUCCAUGUGUAUCCAAGAAGAUGCUGCCGCCCGUCCUAUAAUUGCCGAUGUCGUCACCGCUAUUUCCUACUUGGCAUCCCAAGCAUAUGAUCCAGGUGCAGUCCCCACAAAUAACAAAAGGCCUAGUGGUGAAAGGAGAAAUGCACAUGAGGAAGGUGGAACAAUACUGACCAUCAUCGACAAUGGAGAGCCUGGCCAAAUGCAGCAAAUGAAUUAUGAAGACCUUCCGAAGGAGGCAACGCUGAUGUUGAGGCACAAUGUCGAUCGAGAGCGAGCUUUGGCAGAGGCGAAGCAGUGGGGUGCAAACUGGCGGGAGAAGAUGCAAACAUAUUAUUACCCUGAUGCAGCUCCCACAAGUAGCAAUAGACCUGGUGUUGAAAGGGACAGGAACUCAAACGAGAGUGGAAGAAUGCCGACUAACAACGAUGAUAGAGAGCCUAUGCAAAUGCAACAUCACAAUUCUGACAACCGAAACAAUACAGCUUCGACUUUGAGGCGUAACUUCGACCGAGAACAAGCAUUAGCAGAGGCGAAAAUGUGGGGGCAGAAUUGGCGGGACAAGACACAAGCUAAGGCCAAUGCUCAUUGAGGUUUUGAUGUUGCAAAUGCAAUUGGAUAGAUAGAUAGAUAACUUGCUCAAAUCCCCUCACUAGAGUUGAAGCUGAGUAUUGUUUCCUUCUCUGAUUUUCUAUGGCUUUGUUGGAAAGGCAAAAACAAUUCAAAGAGAAGUGAAGAGAAAAAUGGCUGUAGAUAAUUGGAUGCAUAUUGGUAUAGAAAAUUAAGAAAAAAGUACAAUAUAUCAUUACUUAA